AUGGCAGAGAAGCUGCCGUUGCCCCUUGACGAGCAGCAGUCUUCGCCGUCAGUCACGGCCAUCAGCAAUCCACCUGCGGCACAAAUGUCUGCUGGUGGUCAGGAGACGAUGCCGCCUGUCAUGACCACUGAGCAGACGAACAACAACAGUGCUGGUAGUGUUGGAGCUGCUCCUGCUCCGCCGCCAACGUCUGGAGAUCAACAGCCGAUGGCGCAAGGCGGGCCUGUUCAAGGCACGUUUACUGGCACUGCCGGCUCUACAACAGCUGGAUUGACGACGGCUUACGCUCCCGUUGCCAUCAUGGCUGAUCCUCCGCCAAUGGCGCCGGCAGUUCAAGAGCAGGCUGCUCCUGUACUUCAUGGAUUGCCAACGGGCCCGCAAUUCUCCACCCCAAUGGCAAACAAUGCGUUCCAGAGCGCUACUGAUGUUCAAAUGCCGGCACCAUUGCUACAUGAGCAAACCCAGGUCUCGAAUGCUCUGCAUUCAUCGGCUCUAGCAGCAUUCGCGCGCGAAGCGAGCCCGCCUACUCUUUUUGUGCCCCAAGGCACGAAGCACGAGAGAUCCGAUUCGCUAGACCCAGAGAGCGCUUCCAAGCGCCUCAAAUCGGAACCUGUGAGCACUCAAGCAAGUGCGACUUCUGGCACAACCCUUCGACUCGCUCCGGCUGAGUCAAAGACUGAGCAGUUCGCGGAGGAUGCGAAGCCGAAGUUUGCUCCCUCUGCACCGCGAGUCGCUCUCGGUCCACAGGUCUCUGCCAAUGCUUUCCCCCAGGAUUUCCAGGCCCAACUUCUUUCGGCCGCUUCGGAGGGAGCAGUCCCAACAGUCAUGAUCAAUGCAGCGAUUCCUGCUCAUGAUCCGUGCUGGCCACAGAAUAAACCGCAUCAUCCUGCAUUUCACCCUAGCUUUCGAAACAUCGAGAUUGCUAUUGAGAAGAUCGUUACUCAAGUUGCUCUGGCCCAUGAGAAGCUGAAAAACGCAGGAUAUGUGGAUGACAUUGUCAGAGCUUAUAUUGGGAGAUUGGCCAGAUUGGUGAAGCAACUUGCCCACCUCAAGGAGAAUGAGAUUGUAGCUCUCCUCGGGGAUAUGGGGAUUGGCAAGUCCGAAGCAUACGAGGCGUUGGUGGGGCGGGACGGAAUUGCGAUCAAGUCGGACACCGGCCGUGGCACACAUUUUCCCAUCGAAGGUCAUGGGCGGAGGAUGGCACAAACCACUGCCUUCGAAGUUACCAUCGUGUGGAAGACGAGGAACGAGUUCAGAGAUCCCGUCACGACAUCCUGUUUGGCCAUCUACGCGUAUCUCAAUGGCGACAAAGUCCAGGAUGUGUCCCCUGACCAAGGCAAUGGGUCCGCCGACGAAGACGAAGAUCAAGAUUCUGGCGACACCAGCGCCGCGGAGCGCCAGUACGAAUGCGAUGCGGCAUUGUGCCACCUGCUCCCAUUGCUGCACGAAGAGAAUCACCCUCACUUCAGCAACUACAAGACCCUGACGGAAUGGCUCCUCGCGCAGCAAAGCGAUCAUACCGAUCUUGACGCCAUUGUCAACCUCUUACUUGAUCGAAUCAUGACUUUGCGUAGAGACCACGGCAUCUCUGACACUAGCAACUCAUACCCCGCCAACAGCACGCAAGAGGUCAUCAAGAUGCUCGAAAACUACUGUCCUCCGAGUUCGAAGGAUGAUCUCAAUUCCAGUUGCUGGCAGCGUUCGUGCCAUUUGAAGAAGGCCCAGCUCCAUUUCGACAACGAUAUGGGCUCCGAGGGACUCAUCUUUGCUGAUGUGCCAGGACGGAAUGAUCCUGACCUCGUGAUGGCAGAAAUGAUCGAGAGAUACGUCGAGAGCGCUGAUCGCUACAUCAUUAUGGCGCCAGCGGGAAGACCGAUCACCAAGGAGAUUGAUGGAUACAUCCGCGAAGCCAUUCGAUCAAAGAAGCCGACCAUGUUUGUUGUGACAAAGAUCGACGACAAGAACGACCUGAACCAGAGAGAGAAGGAUGCUCUGUCGGAAGAGCAGCCCGAAAAGGAAGCUCUCAAGGUCGAGAGGGAUCACGCGCAAGAGAGCGCCGUCUCUGAGCGAAUUGAGCACCUCAAAGCCAUCGAGUUACCCGCGGCCGAGGCGAGAUUCCAUCAACUCAAAGUCGAGAUUAGGAACCGAAAGCUGGAAAAAGAGAUAUCUGCGCAGUACGACAAACUGGCGCGUACCAGCUCUGGAGCAGGCGACCUCCAAAUAGCUUUCAUCUCCGCCAAAGAGUACGGCAGGCAUCUCAGAGGCGAGUGGAGCAAGCUGGACUACGAAGCAACUGGAGUUCCAAAGCUCUUUCGUUUGCUCUAUCGAUCUGUCGCAAGCAAGCGCAUGGAACAGCUUCGUCGACUCUGUUGCACAGACCUACCUCGCCAGCUUACCAUCAUCAAGCACGUACUGAACAAGACUCCCAUUGAGCGGUACCAUGAGUUCAAGAACUCAUUGGAGAACAUUCUUGCCACGUUCCAGGAGGGCAUUGUGCAAGGUGCAAAGGACGAAGUCGCCAGCUGGAUUCUCACGAACAUAUCCGAGCCGUUCGCACAUGCAGCCGACAAAACUUGGCCCAAGGUGGCAAAUGCGCUGGUUGGCUGUUGGACGAAGGCUGCUCGAUCUCCGACCUUCAAUGUACUGUGCCGGAAGUAUGGGGAGCAUCGUGACCGCAAGUGGAAUUUGGAGAUUCAAGACUUGAUGGCCGGCGAUGUAGGCCAAAAUGGUGCUGCGGACCGCUUCAUUCGACUUAUGCUUACGAUUCGGGAAGCCAAAGAUAAUAUGGGAGCAAACCUGGUCAGCCGCUUUAGCGAGGCGGGCCCAGAGGACAUGACCCACUAG